AAAUGCCCCGAGCUGCGGAGAUCAUCCAAUUAGUCCAAGAUGUAUUUAUAGAGUGGAUCGUCACCAAUCGACCGCGGCACCAACACCUUGACGCCUCUAUCAGGCCAGCAACACCUCACACACACAUACACUCACACCAACGCCAUGUCCAACAACCCCGGAGCCACCGAGCAGCUGCCUGAUGAGAUGGGAGAGCCACUCGAAAAGUCGCUGGACCACCUCGUGGAGCAUUCCCGACCAUGGCACGACGUGGGCGAGAAUGACGAGCUAGCUCCCAGCGAGAAGCGCCAGGACCUGAUCCAUGCGCAUGGAGGGGAGUCAAAGUCCUGGAUCAAAAAGCUUUGGCCAUCUUCGGAGACGGUCGAUCACUUGUUCAAGUAUGAGCACAUGGGGAACUAUGUGAUUGAUCGACAAAAUGGGCGGAAGAUCUUUGAGUCCAUGCCGCUGUACGUGCGUGUUGGUAUGCACCUGCUCUUUGUGUCCGGCGCAACCUACAUGUCAUACCCGUCAAUCGAGAGCAUGCUCGAGAGCAAGUCGCAGCGACAGGGCGAACUUUACGACGAGACUGGCCCCGGAGUCAAGGAACACAUCCAGUCGUUUAUCGACACGUACAAGCUGCCUCUGAACGAGCUACUGAUCCAGGAUCUCGACAAAUAUCCAACAUUCAACUCGUUCUUCUCGAGGCGACUCGCGCCGAGUGCACGACCCAUCACAUCGCCAGAGGACACGUCGAUCGUUUGCGUACCCUCUGACUGCAGGUUGACCGUGUUCCAGACGGUGGAUCAGGCCAAGCAGUUCUGGAUCAAAGGGAAGCAAUUUACGCUCAAGACGCUGCUCUGUGGGGAUAAUGGCGAAGAGGAUGAAGGCCUUCAGGCCGUGUGGGGAGAUGAGAAGAGCGCGGUUGCCGUCUGUCGACUUGCUCCUCAGGAUUAUCACCGAUUCCAUUCGCCCGUAGAGGGGACACUCGUUAGCUUGAAGGAUAUCAAGGGAACUCUCUACACCGUCAACCCGCAGGCGGUCAAUGAGGAUCUCAAUGUCUUCACGCUCAACAAGCGAGCGGUCAUGCUGAUUCACGCCAAUCUCGGCCCUGGACGAGAGCAAGUGCCGGUUGUCCUCGUCGCCGUGGGAGCCAUGCUAGUCGGAAGUAUCGGCUGGUCUAAAAAGCCGGGCGACAAGAUCGCCAAGGGCGAAGAUAUGGGAUGGUUCCAGUACGGCGGGUCGACCGUCAUUUGCGUCUUCCCAUCCGCCACCGGCAUCACUUUCGACGAGGACCUCGUGACGCACUCCAAGGCCAGCAUGGAGACGCUCGUACGAGUCGGCAUGGAGAUGGGAAAAGUGGCUCCUGCUUAGAAAGUAGAUCGAAGUAUCAUGGUAGGCCUAUAUGU